ACCCCAAACUGAGUGGGACCCCCCAAAAGUGGAGGGUGAAGAGCACUGAGGUUUGGGGGUGAUGAGAAAUGGGUGGGAGAGGUCAGAAGAGUGGGGAAAGUGGAGGGUGGAACCCCCAAACUGAUCAUGAGGGGGCUGAGGAGUCUCCAGAUGCCAAUGCAGUUCUCAAAGCACAGCCUGGAACGGAGGAACUCGCAGCACAGGUUGACGAGAGGCUGGAGAGAGGGAGAACCUGGAAAGGGGGAAUGUCUGGGAAUGUGGCACCUCGAAGGCAAGAAUCAGAGAAUUUGGAGAUGGAUGGAACCAUCAGGGGGUUCAUUUGGGGUGGAAGGAGCGGCCAAAUCUCUUCCUGCAGGUGGGGCACUGGUAGAGCUUCACUUACCCGUGGGUCUCUUGGUGUCUCCUCAAGUUAGAGUUCUGGGUGAAGCUCUUCCCACACUCCCCACACUUGUAGGGCCUCUCCCCAAUGUGGAUUCGCCGGUGGGUGAUGAGGGGAAAGCCAGACACAAGUCUAGCAAGGAAAAGCCAAACUCCCCCCAGAGCCCGAAAAGUCUCCGGCAUCACUCCCCAAAAACACCCCGAAGUUCACCUGAGCCAAUGAAAAGCCAACUGCAGAGUGACUCAACCCUCGAGAGACCUGCCAGGCUGAGAAGGUUCCGGUGGAUCGUUCCUGCCCACGCUGAGGUGGAACUGAAGAUCCGCUUCAGCCCCACAGUGCCAGGGCAGUUUGACCAGCUGAGGAACUUUGAGAUCCUGGGGUCAAAGCGCCUGUACCAGUUGCCCUGCAGUGCCACUGCCCUGUACCCCAGCAUCAGCCAGAACCCACGGCUGGUGUUUCCUCGCGGGAGGAAGAGCAAGGAGAAGGAGGACAUCAUCUCCAAGGAAUAUGUCAUGAGCACAAAGCAGUUCCACUUUGGACCGCUUCUUUGUGGCAAGUCAGGAGAGUGGUAUGUGCUCCCUGCUCCCAAGUGA